AUGUUCGCGCCGACUUCCUUCCCCUACGUUCUGUCGACUGGUCGCGUGCGCACUAAGACUGUCAAGCGUGCUUCGCGCGUCAUCAUCGAGAAGUACUACCCCAAGCUUACUCUCGACUUCCACUCGAACAAGCGCGUGCUCGAUGACGUCGCCCAGGUCCCCUCCAAGCGUCUCCGCAACAAGAUUGCUGGCUUCACCACCCACCUCAUGAAGCGUAUCCAGAAGGGCCCCGUGCGCGGUAUCUCUUUCCGUCUCCAGGAGGAGGAGCGUGAGCGCAAGGACCAGUACGUCCCCGACGUCUCGGCCCUCGCCGUUUCGCCCGAGGCUCCCCUCGAGGUCGACGGUGAGACCAAGGACCUCCUCCGUUCGCUCGGCCUCGACGCCCUCCCCGUCAACGUCGUCAACGUCUCGGCUUACCAGCCCCGCGAGCGCAAGACCCGCUUCGUCCCCGGUGCCGGCAAGGCCUAA